AUGGCCUGGGAUCACCUCUCCAUCACCAAGCCACAUCUGGUCUACAUCAUCUUGGGAGGCUUCACCUCCUUGUUCAUGCUAUGCUCGACCGUCAUCAAAGAGCGUAUGUACAUCGGCGAAGCCACUGUGGCCACGCUCUGCGGUGUCAUUUUUGGGCCCUAUGCCGCCAACCUCAUCGACCCGGAAACAUGGGGCAGCGUCGACAUUAUCACCAUCGAGUUCUCCCGCCUCGUCCUGGUCGUGCAGUGCUUCGCCGUUGGUGUCGAACUGCCCAAGUACUACAUGGAGAAGCACUGGAAGUCGGUUGCGUUCCUGCUGGUGCCCGUGAUGACCUUCGGCUGGCUGAUCACCAGUUUGUUCAUCUGGUGGCUCAUUGAGCCCCUGAACUGGCUUGAGAGUCUCGUGGUGGCUGCCUGUGUCACCGCCACCGACCCCGUCCUCGCCUCGUCCGUCGUGGGAAAGGGAAAGUUUGCUAAGAGGGUCCCGAAACACUUGCGCGAUCUGCUGUCGGCCGAGUCCGGUUGCAACGACGGCAUGGCCUUCCCCUUCAUCUACCUAGCCCUGUAUCUCAUCCAUGACAAGCAGAGCGCCAGGGAUGUCUCAUUCCACUGGAUAGUCUACACCAUCCUGUACGAGUGCGUCUUUGGUGCCGUGUAUGGUUUCAUCAUCGGUUACCUCGCCCGCCACGGCAUCAAGUAUGCAGAGAAGCGCGAUUUGAUCGACAGGGAGAGCUUCUUGGUGUUUUAUUUUGUGCUCGCCCUCUUCUGUGCUGGAUCUGGCAGCAUCCUCGGCGUCGACGAUCUCCUCGUCGGCUUCGCUGCCGGCGUCGGCUUCUCAAACGACGGCUGGUUCACCCAGAAAACAGAGGAGUCUCACGUUUCCAACGUCAUCGACUUGUUGAUCAACCUGGCCUACUUUGUCUAUUUUGGUACCAUCAUCCCAUGGAAAGCCUUCAACGACGCGGUUCUAGGUCUCCAAGCCUGGCGACUCGCCGUUCUCGCCAUCUUCGUCAUCCUUUUCCGCAGGAUCCCGAUCAUGAUGGUGCUGAAGCCAGUGAUCCCCGAUAUCAAAACCUGGCGUGAGGCCCUCUUCGCUGGUCAUUUCGGUCCCAUGGGUGUCGGCGCCAUCUUCGUUGCAAUGUUGGCGCGAGCAGAACUGGAAUCGGAGAACCCGGUUCCUCUUUCGGAGCUGCCUGAGCCUGGCACCGAGCACUACACGCUGAUUUCGCUUGUUUGGCCGAUUACCGCAUUCAUCGUCGUCGCAUCCAUCAUCGUCCACGGGUCCUCGAUUGCCGUCUUCACCCUGGGCAAGCACAUCAACACCCUUACCAUCACCAUGUCAUACACACAGGCCAACGAGGAUGGCCAGCACUGGAUGAAUAGGCUUCCUCGUAUUUCGUCACAGUCGCGGUCACAGGCUAGAACCAUGUCCGACACGGACGGCGACGAACUUAAGCUGCCCGAGUUCCCUCCGGGAACGCUGCCUCCUGUUGGCUUCCCUGGGAAUUUCCUGCGUCGCGUUAAGGAGGACGAUAACAGCAGACAUGGAAGCAGGUCAUCCUCACUGGCAGCACGGCGACGAAAGAGUAAGUGGGACGACGGUAUCGGCCCUGGAGGUCCCAUCACCCAGUCGGCCAUCUUCCCACAACGUCGCAGCCAAUCCGGGCCUCUCUCACCAGGGCUCCAACGCGGCAGCACCGAUCAGUCCCGCCCGGAUGACAUCUCACCGGCGCCAAACGAUGCUGGAUCUCCUAGUCCCAUGGAAGAAAAGAGCGGAGAUAGAUCAUCGGCUGAGGCGUACGCAAGCCCGACCGAGGACCGCAGACAACCCGUCGAGGUUUACGAUGAAGGCGAGAACAUCAUCAUUGAGAAUCGCGAUGGUGAUGUUCUUUCGGUUCAGCCGGUGGAAGGCGGAGAGAAGGUUGCCGAUCGGGCCAAGGAGCUCGCGUCAGAACUCAAGUCGGAAGCCGGACCCACUGGCUGGACAUACGAAACUCUGAAGAAAAGAAUCAUGAAUUGGCGUGAGAGCGAGGUUGCGAAGAGGAAGGGCAAGCAAAAAACGGUUAAGGGCGAACCUGCCCGGGCCUUCCAAUUUGGUAACACGAUCAUUGUCGAAAACGAGGACGGCGAAGUCCUCAAGAAAUAUGACCUACCGGCACAAAAACCGCAGCCUGACUUGGUAAGCCAAGGACUGAAAUACAUGGGCAUGGGAGUCUUCGCCAAAGCAAUGGAGAAACCAGGUGCGGAAGCGUCAACGCAAGCUACAGGGGGCCCGUCCGCGGCAGGCGAGCCCUCCACAACGCAUAGACCACGCAAGAAGAGCGUGGUGGCGGCGGAAGAGGAAGACGAGGACGACAGGCACAUCCGGUUCACGAUCGGCGGCGUUGGUCGGCGCAUGACCAAGGAGGACUUCAUCCACGAAAUCCAGGGGCUGGACAAAUCCACCCGGCGUGAGGUGGUGGACAAGUCAAGCGCCUCGCAGGGGCUCAAGGCGCUGGCCAAGCUCGACUCUCCACAGAUAACCGUGUCCUCCGCCCAGUCCAGUACCAGCAAGAAAGACCACGCCACCGCCGCCGCCGCCGCUGCCACCGCCAAACCCGCCACUCAACGACCCGCACCCGCACCCAGCAACCGCCCCCCAUCGAGCUCCUCGUCCCCAGACAACCGCGCAUCGUCGUCGGACGCGCCAAGCAGCGAGGUACCCGAGACGGAGGUGGAGCGCGGGAGACGCCGGGCCGCGCUGAAGGGCAGCGGCGACGACAACGACAACGACGGCGAGGAGCAGGGCGAGACGGCCGCGGAACGGCGCCGUAGAGAGGCCGCUCUGGGAAUGGCGCCGCACGCGGACGACGGCGAGGACAGCGACGACGACGAUACCCCGCGCGUCCCGCCGUCCAGGUCGAUCCGGUUUGCGGAUGCCGUGGAGAGGGGGAGGCAGGCGUGA